AUGGUUUGGCGCCAUUCUUUUAGCGAACGUCCUGCUGCUCUGAACACUGCGGUCGAGAGUCAGACAAAGCAAGCUUCAACUGUUCGUGGCCGGUAUAUUGGCGAGACAGGAGGCAAUAAUGCGACAACAACGUAUCAAGAUGCCUCUGGCGCUCCAGUUGAGAACGAGUCACCAUUAGGAUACUCUGUCGGUCCCGUUACAAUUACAUUGCUGAACAUCACAAUGAUGAUUGGCGCUGGUAUCUACUCCACGCCAUCAUCAAUUCUCUCUGGUACAGGCUCAGUCGGCGUCAGUCUUGUUUAUUGGACUCUCGGCUACUUGCUAUGCCUCACAUCUGGAGCAGUGUACCUGGAGUUUACGGCAUACUUCCCUAGUCGAUCUGGUUCAGAAGUAGUUUUCCUCGAACAAGCUUACCCUAAUCCUAAAUGGCUCUUUCCAACCACCUUCGCAGUUCAGAGCGUCAUUCUUUCGUUUGGAAGCGCCAAUGCUACAGUCAUGGCUAAGUAUCUUAUCGCCAUCUCUGGACACGAGGGCACCGACUGGCAAAUCAAAGGCACUGCUCUAGCCUGCUAUAGUCUUGCUACAUUGAAGUCUGCAGCGCUAGUAUUCAGCACGAAAUACGCAUAUUGGUUCUCCAAUGCUGUUGGAAUUGUGAAGAUUUGUACCCUUCUCUUCGUCAUAAUCACGGGCUUUGUUGUCUUGGGGGGCAAUACCAAGGUUGGAAACCCCACGGCCAAUUUCCAAGAUGCAUGGUCGGGUAGCUCUACGGCUUCCGCGUACGGAUUUACUACUGCCUUAUACCGUAUAAUCUUCUCCUAUGGAGGCUAUAAUAAUGCCUUCAAUGUUGCCAACGAGGUCAAGAACCCCGUCAGGUCACUCAAAAUAUACGCAACCAUUGCGCUUACAGCAGUUUAUGUGUUAUAUAUGUUUGCGAACAUCGCAUUCUUUGCUGCUAUUCCCAAGGACGAGAUAGAGAAUUCUGACUUGACAACUGCAAGUCUGUUCUUUGAGAAGGUUUUCGGCAACAGCGGUGCAGUCCGCGGUCUCAACUUCCUCAUUGCCUUGGCUUCGUUCGGCAACAUGAUAGCUGUGAUAAUUGGCCUAUCUCGGCGGAUCAGAGAAUGUGGACGACAGGGAGUUCUACCUUGGACAAAAUUCUGGGUCUCGACUAAGCCUUUCGGCACGACCUUGGGUCCAUACGCUAUCAUUUGGUUUCUCACCGCGCUGAUGAUCCUAGCCGUCCCUGCUGGAGACGCCUUCACUUUUAUCAAUGAUUUAAACAUCAUCCCCUCCGCUGCCUUCAACCUUGCAAUGGCUCUUGGUAUCUACGUUGUUCGCUGGCGACGAAGCAAAGUCAACCUCCCCGAACCUGAAUUCAAAGCUUGGAAUGUGGUUAUUCUCUUUAACAUCCUCGUCCAGCUGUAUCUCCUGGUCAUGCCCUGGUAUCCGCCGGCAGGUGGUCAAUAUGCUGGUGAUGUCAGCUUCUGGUAUGCAACGUAUGCCGUGACAGGAAUUGGAAUUCUUCUUGCAUGCGCUAUCUAUUACUAUCUUUGGGCCUUUUUGAUUCCCAAUUGGAAGGGCUACAAACUGCGACAAGAACUGUUCAGUCUAGAUGGUGGUGUUCAGAGCAAUCGGCUUAAAAAGGUCCCUAACGCCAAGGUCACAGAAUGGGAUGCGUCGCACGAUGCGGCUGGUCGUCUCAUCGAGUCACCGGUUGGAAUUUAG